AGGCACAGAUGGAACGACAGCAGAUCGACGCAGCGGAAAGUACACCGGUAUAUAGAUACAAGGGAGGCAGUAUGAAGUAGGGGGUUGAAAGUCGCGCGGGUCGCCCAUCCAUACGGGCAUUUACGGACGCUCACCGCUCGGCAGUGAUAAAAAGAAAGUGGAUGACGACGACAGUGGCUGAAUCGUGAUUGUACAAUUGCACAUACAUACUUAGGCAACGCAACAUCUCGAGCCUGUGUCUCGUCUCCCUGUGGGCUGCUGCAGCUCCGCGGAUAAACCUGCAACAGCAGAAGCGGCGGUUGUCAGCGUCCCCAGCAUAACGAAUAGCAGCAGCAGUGGAGCUGCAGUAGCGCCAUGGAAGUCAGACUCGCGCUGCUAGUGCUCGCCGUAGUUGGCAGCCUGAUGGCCGCGAGCUUGAGCUCGAGGUUCGGCCUCGUCGCCAGGAUCGUGCAGCUUGGGCUUGCUGCUGCUGUCGUGCCGCUUGUCUGGACUUACCACCGCAAGCUCUACAUCAUCAUCAGGACACUGCCCAGGGAUAUCAAAUUCCUCUAUCGCUACGUUAAUGCCCACCGGGAGACAAAGCAAUAUGCGAGAAACAACACGACUGUAAUGAAGCUCUUCAGGGAGAGAGCAAGGCAGCAUCCAGAAAAGCCCUGCUUUAUUUUCGAGGAUCAGACGUGGACUAAUGCCGAUAUCGACAAGUACAGCAACCGAAUAGCUUCGGUGUUCAAAAAUGCGGGCUUCGUCAAGGGCGACGCCGUGGCGCUGUUAAUGUUCAACAAGCCCGAGUACGUGGCCACUUGGCUGGGCCUGGGCAAGCUCGGCGUCAUCACUGCCCUAAUAAACACGAAUCUGCGACAAAAGUCACUUGCCCAUUGUCUGACUGUUGCCAAAGUCAAAGCUAUCAUUUUUGCGGACGAGUUGACGUCUGCAAUCGACGAAAUACUGGAAUCGUUGCCCAACAUCCAGCGCUACAGGCAGGGAAGUGACGCCCCAUGCACCGGCGGUACUAUCAAUUUAAAUGAGAUCAUGUCGAAGGCGAGCGAUGAGCAGCCGCUGAUCGACCAAGAGCCCGGCUACAAAGAUAAUCUCCUGUACAUUUACACGAGCGGCACCACCGGACUACCCAAGGCGGCUCAGUUUCCCAAUUCCAGGUACCUGUUGGUUCAAACGGCGACGUACCACAUGCUGGGCUUGAGGAACAAUGACAUCGUCUACAACCCGAUUCCCUUGUACCACAUGUCCGGAGGAAUAGUAGGUACCGUCUGCGCCCUGACCAAGGGGAUACCCAGCGUACUGAGAACCAAAUUCUCGGUGAGCGCGUACUGGACCGACUGCAUCAAGUACAACUGCACGAUAACCCAGUACAUCGGAGAAAUGUGCCGGUACUUGCUGUCCGCGCCGGCCCGGCCCGAGGACUCGGCUCACAAGGUCAGACUGAUGGUCGGCAACGGCAUGAGGCCGCAGAUCUGGCAGAGCUUCGUCAACAGGUUUAAAAUCGAGCAGGUGAACGAGGUGUACGGCUCGAGCGAGGGCAACGCUAACAUCGUGAACGUUGACAACACCGUGGGCGCCGUAGGCUUCGUCCCGUCAAUAUUACCAAAGUCGCUGCACCCGGUCGCGAUUAUCCGAGUCAACCCGGAGAACUGCGAGCCUAUCCGAGAUUCGCGUGGUUUCUGCAUCAGAGCCCAGCCAAACGAGCCGGGCAUGUUCAUCGGCUUGAUCAAGCAGGGAGACGCCGCGAGGGAGUUCAACGGCUACUUGGAUAAGGAAGCCUCCAAGAAGAAGACGAUAGAGAACGUCUUCAUAAAAGGCGACAAGGCGUUCCUUACCGGUGACAUCCUGGUGCAAGACGUGUACGGUUACUUCUACUUCAAAGACAGGACGGGGGACACAUUCCGAUGGAAGGGCGAGAACGUGGCAACUGCCGAGGUCGAGGGUGUAGUCAGCAACGUGGCCGGAUACAGGGACACGACGGUCUACGGUGUCCAGGUGCCGGGGAUGGAGGGCCGAGCGGGAAUGGCGGCGAUAGUCGAUCCCGAGAGCUUGCUGGACUUCAAAGCGCUGGCCGAGGGUCUGGACAAGGCUCUACCGUCGUACGCGCGGCCGAUAUUCCUGCGGAUCGUCAAGGAGCUCGAGCUCACCGGCACCUUCAAGCUCAAGAAAAUCAACUUGCAAAAGGAGGGCUUCGAUCCCAACAAAAUUCAGGACAAGGUGUACUUUAGGUCCGGCAACAAGGAGUACGUCGAGGUCACCCCGGAAAUCUACGAGGAGAUCAUAUCCGGCGCGGCGAAGCUGUAAGGAAACUCUCAUCCGGAUGGAUGAACGGAAGACCCACUGAUGGCACCUUAUUGCGAAAGAAAAGAAAAGAAAAAAAAAUGCAAGGAAACACCGACUACGGGGAGGGAGGGAUCAGCGACUACGUGAAGGACGUAAAAACUCUAUAUACACGCGUAUGAGAAACAGUGUACAAUUUAUAUACAUAAACACAGACCCCACCGUGUAUAAAAAAAAAAAAAAAAAAAAAAAA